AUGUAUGCUAUGCUAUUGGCCUUCUUGAUCUUAUGGCUAUCGGCCUUCAACUCCAAUGGAGCUUACGCAUACACUAUUCAACUGCUAGAUCAGCCGAUCAAAGCGAUAUCGAGUGGUGAAUUUGGCUUGCCGCAGGGACUCCACGUACAGUUACACAGCUACCUGCCAGUGACUGGGCGUGACGGGGAAGCUAUCGUCCGGGGAACUUACAGCGGAGACUCAGAGGUCCAGACUACAGCAGCCGAGAGCGACAAAGACCGUCGAGGACUCUGGUCAUUCGUCUGGGCGGCGACUAAGGUUUUCAUCAACCCGAUGUCCUGGACGUCUGGCAUUCUACUCGGUGAUUUGGCAUGUCAUGCUGUUGAGUGGUGGGUUAGUGCUCCCUCUUGGGUGUCGUACCUCUGCAACUCGUUUGCCGUCGUUUCCACUAUGUUCUCUGUCUGGGACGGACGUGCCGACCUUGCCACUGCUUGGAGCGAUUGGACAAACGAAGCAUCGUAUCAGGGCAACUUGGACAGUCUGCAGCUAUCACCCUACUAUAGUGAUUAUGGCAACGUUGUCGACAAUAUUGAUCGAAGAUCAUCUCCGUUGAAACGCGGCAAUGAGUCUGGCUACUACGAUUGGUCAGUUCUCCAUCCUCACCUGGCAAACAAGACGAUCAGAAACGCCCUCUCUGGGAAUGCUAGCAUCUUGCAUGAUGUCGGACGCGACUAUACGAUCAUCACGAUGGCCCAUGUGCUCAACAGUACCGAUUUGAAUCCUAUUCUAGUGCAGCGUUCCAUCAAUGGCACUUUACUGGGUGCACCUGUAUCUAUGUUCUUUGUGAAUGGUACUGGGAGCUCGGCAGGUCUCGGUUCUCACCAUGCCUUCGGUACAGCUACGAAGUCGCGCAAGCGCGAUGAUGGGAACUGCAAUGGAUUUGGUAACGAUAGUGGUAACAUCUACGCCGACAACACUGAGCUAUGUGGAGGAGAUGGCACGGACACCGAAGAUGGCAUUACAGGCGUGUACUACGGAAUGGAUUUCUACUGGACAGAGGCUCAAUGGGAGGAAUACGAUGCCGACGUGGGAGGUCAAUAUCCAGACACCAACGGCGCAUGGAGUCUCGCCAGCGAGCUUUCCACCGACACGCAAAACAGCCAGUGGUGGCGAUCUUGCCUGUGCGACCAGGAAAGUGGGGACUAUUCGUGGACGGGGGCUCUUCAAUACACCUGGAAUGGUGGAUUCAAUGGCUACAGCGACUGUUAUGCUGGCACUUGCGGAGGAGCCUCUUAG